CCCUCCGCCCCGCUCUUAUUCGCUCCAAACUUCCGCACCCGAUCUUCGCAAAUGGGAGAGAUGCAUUCUCUUUUAAUACACCCCUAGCUUUUUUUUAUUGGUGCAAACGUAACUUGCAACAUCCACUUCUCCCGCUUAUCGUCAUAAACAAGCUCUCGACACUCAGAUACCUAGGUACUACAUUAACAUACCUCCUACAUACAUACAUACGUAUAUACCCUUCCCACAUACGAGGGGGCGACAUCUCUCCAUCGUACAUGUACCUAAAGUUUGAUCACUUCCGGCCUUGCGAACGUAUUUCGCAAAUUUCACACGAUGGAUUCUGCGCCUCUAAUCAAGGCGCAUGAUCAUGCGAGAGCCGCGUCUCUAGCAACCCACGCCUCUGAUACUACCGUUGCAGUUAACGAACAUACAAGAGCCGCCGGUGAGUUCGCCAACGCCGCACGGAACACCAGCAGCGUCGAGGCUCUACGUACCUUGAAGUUGCUCGAGCAGCACCAUCGGAGACUUUCCGAACUUCUACAACUACCGAGCAAGCCUCUCAGCUCCCAGGCCGCUUCCGAAAAUGACUCUCAGGCCAGUGAAAAGGACGAAGGGGCUACAAGUGUAGCCUCUUCGUCACCACCUACAAACAAUAAUUCCACCGAAACUUCAAAUGAAAAAAAUGCGCAGCCUCUGCCAACCCUUCCAAAGCAACCGCGGUAUCCCCCGCGCGAUCUCGGGGCUUCCAUUGCGAGCAAUCUCGCCUCCGCCCGCGGAAUUCGCUCCAAGUACAGGUCUCAGCCGCUCAGCCCAAGUGUGUCCAAUACAGAAGCCCCUGGAAACAUGGAGGGCGCCUCACGUAGAAGUGGAUCUAAAACUAAGAUGCAAAAUAUGCUUGAUAAUUCUGACAGGCCAAGUAAUGCCAAUUCUCCCGAGAAAGGAAGACUCUCGAGACAGUCGAGUUCCGGCCUAGAAGACGACGUAUCAAACCAGGAACGAGUAGAUAAUAAGCAAGCUAAUACUAGUGAUGACGGGUUCUCCAGGUUCUACAGCGCCUUCGGUAGUAUCAUUAAUAAGAUUUCCGCCCCCCUUGCGUUCGCAGGACUCCCCCUGAUCAACGAGGAACAACCCGAGGCCUCGGUUCCGGCUCCGGCUCCAACCCCUGACCCUCCAGUCCAGAAGCGUACUAGAGUCAGGGGACCCUCUUCGGUUUCCACCGAGCCGGAUCUAAGAAAGUACUACUCUAAAGCUGCCCUGCGUGCCGUGUCCCGCGACGGGCAAUCCGCAAAUGAUUCCUUCUACGUCGUUCCCACCAGCGGACACACGGCCUCGUACGCGAGCAUCCUGUCCUUCGCCGACAAAGAGAAGAGGCGCCUGGUAGCACAGGGAAGCGCGGGGGUCCUCCUCGAGGAUCCCGACGAGGACGACUUCGUCGAUGCCAGGGAAUCCCAGGCUGCCCGUGGACCACCUGCCCAUCGACUAGCUGGCAAGCGAUCCGAUCGGGACCGGGACCGGGACAUGGCCAACAUGGUCGACGAGCUGUACCUCGAGAACAAGGGCCUCAAGGACAUGCUCGACAAGCUGAGCAAGCGGCUCCACGCGUUCGAGUCCAUGUCGCAGAACUCGGGGAUGCGGCUGGCAGAGAGCAUGCGGCUCAUGCGUCCCGGGUCGCCGCUCGCGGGCAAAGCGUCGGCGCCCGUGUCGUCAACGACGACGACGGCGACGGCGGCCUUGAGCACGGGCACGGGCACGGGGAUCUUGAACGCCGGGAUCUCGGACGAGCAGCUCGCGAAGCGCAACCGGGAGCUCGAGGAGCAGCUGCAGGCCAUGGCCAAGCAGAUGGAGGAGACGGAACGCAACUACAACAAGGCGAGGGCGAACCUUGUCCGCUACAGGGAGAAGUGGGAGCAGCUGAAGGCGGGGGCGAAGGCGCGGCGCGCGGGACAAGGGGGCAGCGGGAGCGGGAGCGCCGUGGGGCAGGGCGGCUCGGAGGCGGGGAUCGGGUUGGGUGUUGAUGAUGGGUUUAGAUCGCCUGGUUUAGGAUAGGAUAGGAUAGGGUAGGAUAGGGUAGCUUGAGCUUGCUUUGGCUUGUGUGAGGUGAGAUGAGAUGAGAUGAAGUGAGGCGAAGUAGAGUAGAGAAGAAAAGCGAAGAGAAGCGAAGCUUGGUUUAGGUCUAGUCAGCGAGUUAGCUUAUUUAUUGGGAUUGGUUAUGGGAAACAAAAGAUAAGCAGCGUUAUAGAAGAGACUUAUUGCUGUUCAAUGUUAUCUAUAAGGGCCUAUGAUGAAUGAAUGAAUGAAUGAAUGAA